GCGCGCAGCAGGCGGCCAUGUUGGAGCAGCGGCGGCGGCGCAGAGGUGCGUCCCGGGUCCCCGCGGCGGCGCCGGUGCCAAGCACUGGUUUGUGGAUACCCAGGCAGAACUGCAGUGCCUAAUGCCAUGAGUGUGGUGGUGCAGCACGUGGAGGAGAAAGCUGUGCAUUCCUGGUCCCGUAUCUCCACCGCAGGGAAGAAAGCCCUGGAAGAGGCACUGCUUGUGUUUAACCCUAUGAGCCAGGAUCUCAGUGCUACAGAGGCGCAGCUUGUGGCCUUCCUGCAGGGCCUGCGAGAUGAUGGUUUCCAACCUACCAUUCUACGCAGCGGUGAUGUCUAUGGCUAUAGUUCAUGCACAGCCAAUCCCCCAAGUCAGACGAAGCUACAGGCCCGUGCCCCCAACUCAACUUCCACAUCACCUCCAGCCACUGCCCCCCGAACUGCUGUGCACCUGCCCACAGGCCGUGCCACCCUGCUCCCCAUGUCAUUGUCAGGCAGGCUGGCCAAAGGAUCUACACCAGCCCUCACCAAGCAUACUACUACCAACCUGCUGCUGAGCUCCCUGAAGCAAUCAAGUGCCAGCCGAACCAGGGGUGCAACAAUGGGGUUUCCCACCCACCUAUAUCCAGGUGUCUACCCUGCCAUGCGACUUUCUGUUGUUCUUGAGGCCCUGGUUCCACUCAAGAAUUCCAUGCCCUGCUUGAAUGCUAAGCACAAGCCACAGUCGCUGCAGCUCUCACUUGCAAACUCUCCUUUGAAAGUACGGAAAGGUUCAGGAAAGAGCCCAGAGAACCCCUCGUCCAAAGCUCCUAAAAAAACCACAAGCAAGGGCCCUACGUGUCUGACUCACAAAGGUUCUAGGCCUGGGCCCCAGCAAGGCACUGGGCUCCAGAGAAAGUCCUAUAAAGCUAUUGGCUCCUUCCAUGGUCUGCAAAUGAAAGAGGGCUCCACUCCGGGCACCAAAACAGCCCAGGUCAAAGCAACUCGAACACUGGCCAAAGCUGUCCAUGGCAAUGUGGCUCGAAUGCAGGCUAAGGCCAAGGCAGCACGGGCCAAGGCUAAGGCCAAGGCAGCACGGGACAAGGCUAAGGACAAGGCAGCACGGGACAAGGCUAAGGCAGCACGGGCUAAGGCCAAGGCAGCACAGGACCAGGUGGCUCAGACCCAGCCCAAGAGCAGAGGCAGGCCAAAGGGAUCUGUUCAGCCUAGAAUUUCAAGAAAGGUCCAGCAAAGUCACUGUAUAACUCUGGGGCAGAAGAGGAAAAGGGCUGAGGAGGCAAAGGACCUCCCUCCAAAGAAGAAAAAAUGGCUUGGGUCCCAAUUUCCUAAGUCCUGCCUGGAGUCAGGAACAGCAAAGCUGGUAAAGUUCCGUGCCAUAAAAGUGAGCAAGCAGUCCUCAGAUGAUGAGGUUCUGCAGCAAGCCCAACGGAUCCUCCGUGUGAACCUGUCGCCUGUAAUACGACUCCAGCCAUUAAUGCCAUAUUUGAUGUCCUGAUUCCUUCAUACAGCAGUGUUUGGAAAAGUAGCCCAGUUGUUUGCACGGCCAGUGGCACAGUGUGCCAUGCCUGUGGACUCUGCAACCUUGAACAACUCUGGGUACCUCUCCAGGGCACUGGCGGCACCAGCCUUCUUUAAAAAAUUGAAGGAUUUGGGGUGGGGUGGUGGUGGGAGGGGUGUUCUCUUGGCGCAAUGCACUGUGACUUGUUCUUGAAGCUGUAUGUCCUCUGUUCCAUCUAUCACGUUUUAUACCUUUCCACCUUCCAGUCUCCCUGCCCACCCUCCAUGGUCUUUUUGUAUGUGUGUGGCUGCUGGCAGGCUAGCUUGAGCAUAUAGGGAAAGUGUCUCAGGAGCAUCAUUUUGAGUGAUGGGGUGGGAUUGUGGGUGUGGGUAGCUUCCAGGCUCCUAUGGAAAGGUGAGGGGACACUCAGAUGGUAGCUUCUAUAGUGGUAUAAGAUGUAUGUCGAGGGCACGGACAGUACCAAUUUCUUGAGGCUGCCAUGAUUUCUAUCCAAUCAGGCCCUAGAUGGGAUGACUGGGCAGCAGUGGGGUACUUUCCAGCUAAGUUUCCAGGCCAGGGAAGGGAACCUUGGUGGUAUGGUUCCCUGGAGGCCAAACAGGCAGCCUUGUCUCUGGACCAGCUCUUUCUAAAACCUUGGCGCUUUUAGCCAGGUAUAGUGGCACAAGCCUGUAAUCGUAGCACUUGGGAGGCUGAGGCGAAGGAUUGCCAAGAGU